AUGCAGGUCCGCUCCACCUCCGCCCUGAUUGCGGUCCUGGUACUUCUGGUGGCUGCUGCGGCACAUGUGAACGCCACAAAGGCCCAGUCCGCCGUUGCCGCCCUGAUCGCCCAGAAGGCUGCUGCCCUGCAGGCCGCCCAGGCCGCCCACGCCGCCGCCGUCCAGCAGGUCCAGACCGCCAUCGCCGCGCACGUCGCCCAGAAGCAGGCCGCCGUCGCCGCCUUGUACCAGCAGGUGUUGGCCGCGCACGCCGCGCUCGCCGCCGCCGUCGCACAGAAGCACUCUGGCGCCGUGGCCGCGGCGCCUGCCGCGUCCGGGCGCUGA